ACCAAACAAUAAUAUGCCCCAAGACAUAAUAAAAGCUUUAGGCGAUGCUGGAAGAUUAAUAUGUGACAUUCAUCAUAGAGAAUCCCUGUCGCGCCGUUAUGCGAUAUUAAAUAUUUUAAACAAAAAUGUGAGGGAUGCUCUCAAGGACACUCGAUGCGACGAAUAUCUCUUUGGCAACGACCUGAGUGAUCAUAUCAAGUCAUCUAAGGCAAUAAACAAAACUGGUUCAGACAUGAAGUUUACACCAUUACGCCCUGCAUACAGGCCGCCUGCAACACAGUUUCAGCGGGGAGCUUUAAACUCGAGGGGGGCGCCGCCGCGCAUACCUGCAGCGACCGAGCCGCGGCCGACCCACGCGCCCGCGCCCCACCGGCCGUACCGCCAGCAGGAGCGCCGCCCGCCGCCAGCGCCGGCGCCGAGGGGUCGCCGCUACAGCAGCUACACGCGGCACCAGCACUACCAGCGCACGGGCAGGCGUUAGCAGAGGAUAUCCAGAGUCUGUCAUCCGCUUCAUGCGAGUCUUAUCCUGGUGGCAGCGAAAUUAUCAGGCAAUCUAUGAUCAAGCGCGGGGUCCCACAAGCAUCCUUGGACGUAAUGAUGGCCUCCUUUGCUAAAAAUACUUUAAAGCAAUAUAGUAGUUCUAUCAAAUGUUGGUGGUAUUUUUGUAAAACAAAUAAUGUUGAUUUAUAUAAUGCUGAUUAUACUAAGAUUAUAGCGUUCCUAACUACAAAACUUAAUGAAGGCGCCAGUUACAGUAGUUUAAAUAUACAUAGGUCCGCUUUGUCUAUGUUAUUAGGUUCAAAUGCGACUUCAAAUGAUAACAUUAAUCGAUUUUUUAAAGGGGUAUUUAGAUUAAACCCUCCAAAUCCUAAAUAUCAAUCAACUUGGGAUACAAAUGUUGUAUUAAAUUAUUUAUCGAAUGUAUACCCUUACGAUAACAUAGC